AUGGAAAAAGCUGGCAUCUUGUUUCAAGCGGAACAUCACAUAAAAUGUUAUGCAGAUACACUUGACCUUGCAGCGCAAAAGUCUCUCAAGGUGAAGCAAGUAUCCCAUAUUCUUGCUAGAAUGAGAAAGAUUGUUGCCUUUUUCCAUCGUAGCUCUGUUGCAACAACUGCAAAGCUGAGAGAACAAGCUGGAAUUAUACAACUGCCUGCACACAAACUAUUGAUAGAUGUACCCACAAGGUGGAACUCAGCAUAUGAUAUGGUUUGUCGUUUUCUUGAAAUGCAAUGUGCUGUAACAACAGUUCUGAGAAUGAAGGAAGUGUCAAGAUUUAGAGACAAAGACAUUAAUUCAUUCACAGAUGAAGACUUAGCUUUUGCUGAGGAAGUCAUGGAAUGUUUGAAGCCAUUGAAAACUGUGACAACUUCUCUCUGCUCUGAGAGCAUGCCCACCAUAUCAGUCAUAAUGCCUAUACAGCACACUCUUCUGCAUAAGAUGCAGACAAGAGAAGAUGACAGUACUGGGAUUAAACAGAUGAAGAACGCAAUUGUGCAGGAUCUGCAGCAUAGAUAUGAACAUCAAAGAGAAUUUUUAACUUUGGCGAGCUUUGUUGAUCCUAGAUUUAAAUCACUGCCUUUCCUAGAAGAUGACACUUUGAAAGAGAAAGUUCAUUCAAAUGUAAUCAACAAACUUGCUGAACUUGGGCCAAUGAAAAUUAAACAAGAGCCCAAGGAAACUUCAGAUCCACCAUUACCAUCAUUACCAAAUUUGGACCCACCCCAAACACUUCAAACAGCUGAUGAUUCCACCCAGGGCAUUGGAGAAGUUGCUGUUGACAUUGACAGCAAUAAUAACAAUAACAGUCCUCAAAGAAAGAAGUUAAAACAGGAAAACUUGGCAUCACUGUACUCAGAUGUGUAUGUUGUAUCUUACACCCCGGCUACAGAGAAAACCUGUUUUGAAAAGGCAACAGAAAAUAUAGAAACUUAUAAAAGUCUGCCUCCUGCACCUUUUAACAGCGACCCCUUACAAUGGUGGAAAAUGUAUGAGGACAAAUGCCCUUUAGUGGCUUCUUUGGCAAGAAAAAUUCUGUGUAUUCCUGCAACUUCAGUAGCAUCAGAAAGAAUUUUCUCAACUGCAGGUGACAUUGUGAGUAGCCAGAGGGCUUGUUUAAAGCCUUGUCAUAUGGACAAACUUAUCUUCCUGAAAAAAAAAUCUGCAGUAAUCAUGAAUUCCUGA